AGCGUUAUUCCGACGACAUACCGACGAUUUUUUCCCUCAGUAUGCCGCUGUUUUCUUGUAGUGGUUGGCUGAUUUUCUUUUUCUUUAUCGGAAAAUAUCUUAGUGUUUUAAUGCUUCAAAUUGUGAUUGAUGCUGCGUUAUUGAACCGCCAAAACCUAGAAAUAGAAAAGCUAGUUUUGAAACAAGGGAUUAUCACAAAUUAUUUCAGUUACCUCCAAGAAUGGUGAUGAUACUAACAUUUUUUUUUUUGCUAAAUGGUAAAUAUCAUUUCAGAAAUGAAUUGUUGAGUCUUACAAGAUGUUAUAAACAAACUAUAAGACCUCUAAAACUUACUUCCAUGGCAAAAAAAGGUAAAAAACAUGGAAGCAAAAUCAUUUGAACUUGAAACCGUUCGGCUUUGUAGCGAACAGGACAUCAAGUAUCGAUACAAACUUGUAGUAACAGAAUGGAAGGUUGAGCUGAGACAGGCAUGAAAAGAGAGACCCGAGAAACUAGAACAAGAGGAACACAACGCUAGUGGGAAGUGGAUUCAAUGUCUGCCGGAACAAAUUGCUUUUCUCCGAGGUACAGAAACAGACCCGCUCAAGGACUGUCCUCUAGGUCCGGGCUGGGAAAGAACUAAAACCGGAAUUGAGCAAUAGACGGGACAACACACACCACGAGUGCUUAAUAGCGCUCAACCAUCUCGACCGCACUCGCCCUCUAAGUCGGUAUAGAGAAAGGGGCAGCAUCACCCAACACAUUUCAACCUGCAUUCCAAUCCAAACAACCAGCAACACCAACAACAAAGGAGGGGAGAGGAGCUAAAUUAAUGCAUCACUCAGUAGCUAACCGCCUAAUCUUGACUGACAGAGUGACAGAGAUGACCCUAUCGCAACCAGUCCGAGGUCCCGAGACCUCUAGGUCAGGCGACACAUACCCGAUUAGCCUUUGAAGGCAGAGGCCAAAGCGACAUUUUCUUCCACCGGUGAGAAGAUCCGGCGUCGGGAGUGGAGACGUUUACUUCGGUGAUGAGGAGGAUGAAGCGGCGGCACAGUCGCUAGAGGCGCCGCGUUGCAAAUCCCUCUCAGCUUCAACGAGUCAAAGCACGCCAUCUGCGAAGACGACGACCCGAAACAAAGUCACAUCACCAACAGAUCUUCACGCCGGAGAUGGAUUUGGAUGUGGCGGGGUAGGCAAGCGAGUGCCAGAACAAGAGAUAUUAAAUUACGAAACUAGAUGCUUAAGGUUUCCUUUUGCACUUUUUCUUGUGUAUGCAUUGAAUAGAACAAUUACCUUUUUCUAGGAUUUCCAGUAUGAGCUGUGAAAGGCUAAAGAAACAACUGGAGGAAGAUAGGAGGAAACAAAGGAAGCAAAACAACGCAUUAAGGAGAAACAGUUGAAUAUUGAGAACUUAAACAAUCUUGAAAUGUAGGUAGACGAUUAAAAUGUAACCAGAGCUGAUCAUCAAAAUCAGGGAAAGUAACUUCUUAAAAAUUAGAUUCAUGGAUUCGCCCUAGAACCUCACUUUACACCUCGAGUUUCAUAUGGUGCAGCCUAGGGUUCUCCUUGCUAAAUGAAUCCAACACGACGUUUGCUUCCGCAAAUCUCCUCCGUCUUAUUUUUUUUUGUUUCACAGUUAACCAAUUGAUGAUCCACACCUUGUGCGGACUAAUAUAUAUCCCACUAUAUAAAAAGGGCUAUUUUUAAGCUUCCUAAAGCUAUCCACGCGCUCAAAAUAAUCAGGGCCAAUCAAAUUGCCACGUCACUGCCGGAUUGGGCUUCAAUUUAAAAUCUCAUGAACCACGAUCUGGCUUCAUGUGCGCUAACUCAUUCUCCGGCUCCGUACUUUUGUUUUGCGACUCCGUACUUUUGUUUUGAGUCAAGCCAAACUCAGAUAAUUCACUUUCACCCAGCCCAACCCAUUAAUCCCAUCAAUCUGAUAAUUCACUUUAUCCCAGCCCAGCCCAUUAACCCUAAUCUACGUAUUGUUGAGACUCAAGCCAAAGCGCACACAGCUUUCUCAUCCUCUGAAUAACCUAAUCGCCGUCUCCCCCAUUUACCUUUCUCACAUGGCGAUUCACUUCGUCUUCCCCUAAUCUUCCCGCAAAACGCCUCCGAUGAAAGGGCUGGAACUUCAAUGUUCUCCCUUAAAGCCUCCAUUCAAGAUCCCUACAGCCCUUCCACAUCCCUCCUCCGCCUUAUAUCUAGCUGCCUAUUUAUAUCCUCAUCUCUCUUACCUCAGAUCCUACCCAUAUCUUUCUCCCCUCAGAUCGUUAGCUCUAAACCGUAAUCAUGUCGAAAGAGGCCGCAAUCCGCACCGGCGAAUCUUCUCCUCCCCUCCUCUUCCGACAAGUUUCACCGGGACCCGGAGAUUCCACCAUGCAGUUUCGCCUUCUUCGUUUCUGGGAUGCUCGCAAGAAUGUCAAAGGAGGACCAGGGAUCCUUCUUGGGAUCGAGCUCCUUCUGAUCGACGCAGAGGGUACUGUGGCUCAGGGGUUCAUCGGUCAGAACCGUCGCAACCAAUACGAGAAAGAGCUCAAGUGUGGUAUGAUCUACACACUGACAAACUACUAUGCAUCGAUCAACAAGGUGAUGUACCAUGUUGCUGACCAGAGGCUGGUAAUUUGCAUCUCACAUGCCUCUGAGCUGAGGAAGGUGGAAGAAGACAUUGAAGCCAUUUUGACAGAGAGCUUCAGAAUCCAUUCCUUUGCAGAUUUUGAAGCAAACUGCGAUCUCAGAGGAGAUCUUCACGAUGUUGUCGGCCACCUUAAGCUGGUUGAUGGGCAUCCUCUCCAUGAGCGUCCGGUUUUGUGUAUCAAGGAUGACUCAGCUUCUCGGAAAGUGUUGGUUCAUCUGCAACUUAAAGAUGGUCCAGUGAUUAACGUCUACCUAUGGGACAAGGCUGCGGUGAAUUUCCGCGUCAAGUUUGACGCAUGUGCAGACACUCCAACGGUUGUUUUGGUUACAACGGUCAAUCCUAAGAGACUCGGUGUUAUGCUUAAGUUCAAUGUCUUCAUCAAGAGUGUUCUUCGAUGAAGAGGUUGACCCCACCAAGGAAUACUUGGCCUGGUUAACGACGAACUCUGCUGUGACUUCUUUGGUCAACCCUGUUGAGGUGAUCAAAUCUGAGACCCUCACAAUAAGUGAGAUUGCCGUCUUCCUCAAGCGUCAGCCUGCUCAGGUUGCCUACUUUGACUGCAUUGCCACAAUUGAUGAUGUCAAGCUUGGCACUGAGUGGUAUUACAUUGCUUGCAAGGAUUGCCAGACCAAGUUAAACCGUGGGCCGACAACAUUGCUUUGUCCAAAA